AUGCCUAUGCGUACGUCUGAGAAAGACAGAACGUCCUCCCAGUCAGGUAAAACUACAUUUCCCAUCAUGCACCAUAAUCCUGAGUAAGUCCAUACUAAAGUCCUCUCAUAUGAUACACUAUUCCCUGCACUAUUUGUUUUACCACAGCCUUAUGUGGAUUUGUCCAUAAACAUGAAAUAUUUUUAAACACAUAUCGCUGACAAUAUGGUCUAAAUAUCUUUCUCUCUCCAUCUCUCUCCUCUCCUCUCCUUCUUUCUCUCUCUCUCUCUCUCUCUCUCUCUCUCUCUCUCUCUCUCUCUCUCUCUCUCUCUCUCUCUCUCUCUCUCUCUCUCUCUCUCUCUCUCUCUCUCUCUCUCUCUCUCUCCCUCUCUGUCUCUCUCUCUCUCUCUCUAGAUGAUAAGGGGUGUCUGAGUAUAGAUGACUUGUCGGUGGACACAGAGGAUCUACUGAGCUUCUCCUACCAGGUGGCUAAGGGCAUGGAGUACAUCACCUCCAAGAAUGUAAGGUUCUGAGGAAUACACACACACACACACACACACACACACACACACACACACACACACACACACACACACACACACACACACACACACACACAGUUCGAAACUGGUUGUAGUUUAUCCAUAGAAAUCUAAAUGUACAGUGCUGAGAGGUUUGUGACCCCUUUAGCAUUUUCUGUAUUUCUGCAGAAGUUUGACCUAAAAUGUGAUCAGAUCUUCAUCUAAGUCCUAACAAUAGAUAGAAGUUAACCUGAUUAAACAAAUGACGUAAAAACAAUUGUCGUUUUUAAUUUCUUUAUUGAGCAAAUUUAUCCGACAUUCCGUUUCUUUGAGGGAAAAAAAGUAUGUGAAUCUCUAGAUUAAAGAGCUCGAUAAAGUGGAUUAAAGUAGUCAAAAGUUGAGUAUUUGGUCCCAUAUUCCUUGCAUGCUAUGACUACAUCAAGAGUGUAACUCUACAAACCCCUUGGAUGCAUUUGCAGUUUUUUGGGGGUCGUGUUUGGGUUAUGUUUUUCCCAACCAGAACUGAAUGGUGAAUAAUGUCUUGUGCCAUUUUCUAUUGAAGUAAGAAUAUAACGUUUUUCUGAACACUUCUAAAUGAAUCCUGAUAAUACCUUGAUUAAGAAAAAACAUGAAUGAAUCAUGAAUAAAGAUGAGAGAGAAGGUUACAGAGGCUACAACAAAACAUGCUAACAUGCUAACAUGCUAACAUGCUCUCCCGUGUCAUUGGUAAUGGUGAGCCCAUGUUAGCAUGUUAGCAUGUUUUGUUGUAGCCUCUAUAAGUGACUCACUCAUCACCUUUUAAGCUUGGACAAAUAGACCCUUUCAGACAAAUAUUUUAAAUCCUUAAACCCAGACUUGGACCACACACACCAUCUCCACCGAAUAGCAGGCAGGGAAGCAAAAUAGUGAUUGCUUUGCGACGCUCGCAGUUAGCCACUGAUUCUUUCCAAACCACUCAUUGUUGAAUUUGCGAUUUCCGACUUGUUGUGUAAUGUUUAUGUCCAAUGGCCGAUGAGUACCGAUACGUUUUAUCUAUAAUUUAUCUUCAUAUUAUAAGGAUUGAAACUGAUUUGUUAGUAGAUUGUCGACGUGAUUCAUGAUGAUGACUGCUUGUCUAGCUUGCUAGCUAAGAUGUUGAAAGUAACACGAUCAGUCCAAUCAAAGCUACGGUAGAUAUAACUUGAUUUAACUUCAUUUUAUCUGUGGCCAAUGACCGUGAGCCUUCUUGGACGGGCACUUCUAAUGUAAAUCUGUGGCAGCACCCAAGGGGGCUUGAACUGCCUAGCUCGCCCUGUAGAUUCUGCAGUGAAAUAGUGUCCCCCAUGAGUGACAGAAUACUGAGCCAAUCACAGCGCAACUAGAGAAGAUUACCAACCCCUAUGCUCUGAAUUCUUGCUGGCUGCCCCUCCACCACAGAAAGCGAUGAGCUAGGUUGAAACACCUGCAUUUUGGAGCUGCCUUAAUCAAGAACCAGUAGCUGUGCGUGGGUAAAGUCACAGGGGAAGCAGUAGCGGUGCGUGGGUAAAGUCACUGGGGAAGCAGUAGCGGUGCGUGGGUAAAGUCACUGGGGAAGCAGUAGCGGUGCGUGGGUAAAGUCACUGGGGAAGCAGUAGCGGUUCGUGGGUAAAGUCACUGGGGAAGCCAGAAAAAAAAGCUAUAAUUCAACCUAUGUGUUGUGAUAAUUGCGUUGUUUGCUCUAUAACCUGUUAAUUCAUAUGCCUUGUGACCCUGAUAUAGGCUUUAGGCCUAAAGGCCGAGACAAUAAGAAGACACAGUGGCAGAAUAAAUUCAACCACACCUUUGUUUUAUCACAAAACCAGAGAGCAACUUCUGUCCGGUUAAGUCCACAAAGCAUAUUCUAUGUAACAGACAGUUACAUGACCUACAUCAUGGUCAAGCAAGUUAAUGUUUCCGACAUUUUCGGACCACUAAACAACUAUUGAUUUAGAACCACAGAGAGUUACCGCAAGUUGCAAAGAAAACAGGAGCUGCCUCCACUA